AUGGAUAAUAUCGAAGAGAUCUUAGAAGGUGUCAAAAUUUUAAACAGAUUAGGCCGCGAUGAUGACAGUAUUAAAAUGAUGGAUACAUUUCUUGAAGAAAAGCAGGAUUUAGAUAAGAAUGAAAGAACAAUUUUCUUCGUUGUCUACAAAACAGCGAUCGAUUCUUCCCGCGCAUCAUACAGGACCAUCGAUGCAUAUCAUCAGCAGUGCUUAUCUGAUGGUGCUACUGGAAAGGCAAAUAAGCUUCAAUAUUAUAAAGAGCUUGUUGGCACAAAGAUCAUUGACCAAGCACAAAAAGCUAUUGAUAUUAUUGAUAGCAUUCUUAUUCCGCAUGCUGAAGGCCCUGCUGCCCUUGCUUUCUACUAUAAGAUGAAGGGAGACAUGUAUAGAUACAUUGCAGAGACUUCAUUACAAGUUGAAAAGCAGUACGGUACCAUUGAAGGCCAAACUGCAUAUCAAAGAGCCAUCGAAAUUUGCGAGCAGAAUCUUUCUCCAAUUGAUCCUGUUAGAUUAGGAACAAUUCUCAAUUCUGCCGUUUUCAGAUACGAACACCUCAAGGAAAAAGGUGAAGCUUUCGAAAUUCUCCAACAUACUGUACAAGAAGUGAGAGAUCACCUCUCAGAAGCACCUCCUGAGGACCAGAAUGAAAUUAGUAGCGCUUACAAUACAAUGCUGCGCAAUAUUAGCAUUUGGGAAGUAGGUGGUGAACAAGAAGAAGAAGAAAAGGCAGAAAAUGAUUAG